AUGCAGCAGCGAAGAGAUGAAAUUCUGGCCAAGAAAGCCAAAUUAGCCGAGCUUAAAAGACAGAGGGAGCUUCGAUUGCGGGAAAUAUCUGCCACUCAUAAUGGAAUUGGGAGCUCCAGUGAUCCUACGGUAACGACAAACCGAGUAGAGAACCGAGAAGAGCUGGAUAAGUACAUUUCAUCUAUAUUAAUUUCUGGGGAAAAAAAUAGACCGCAAUCAGCUGCACCGCAAGCUACUACGGACAGUCAAUCCAACUGCAUUCAAAGCGCAGGGGAAACCAGCAUUGGAAACGUAGAAGUUUCCAUUAAUGAAACUAAAUUAAAUGCUCCUUUGUCGAAACAAAUUAUUUCUACUGUGCCUUUAGAAGUUGUAUAUGAUUUUCCUCCUUCGCCCGUCAAGGAAAUUUACUCGUACAGUAAAGGAAUACAAACUGCGGAUGAAUGGGAUCUCUACAGUCCUAGACCUAAGUCAUAUUAUGACUCAGCCGACGAAGAUGAUGAUUUAGGAGCCUCGGAUAUUAUCAGCGUGCACAAACGCUCAAGCCGACGAGAGAGAGAUCGAGAAGCAGAACUUAGGGAAAAGAUACGGCUAGAAAUCGAGGCGGAACUAAAGUCCACUCAAGACACUACAGAUGACACCCCUGCACGAAGCGCAAAAGACGCCAUUCCAAACUAUCCUGUAAGAACAUUGACAGCCGAAGAACUCCAUGCUGUCACAUCUUCAGAAGAAUUCAUGCAAUUCGUUGAGAAAUCAUGCAAAGUAAUCGAAAGAGCAUUGGAUCAAGAUUAUGAUAUUCUAACAGAUUACGCACGUACAGGAACUGAUAACUUAGAAUAUGAUGAUAAAAAUGGUUGCUUAAGCGACAAGGGAAGAAGGAGAGUUAAAGAGGUUGCUCAGUUUUAUGACGAGAGGUGGUCGAAAAAAAGAAUGAUUAGCGACAUUAACUUUUCUACCAAAUAUCCGGAACUUCUGCUUGCUGCUUACACUAAAAAUCCCUCGGCACCUCACGAUCCCGAUGGACUAGUACAGGUGUGGAAUAUGCAUCUUCAUGACCGUCCAGAAUAUAUUUUUCAUGCCCAAUCUGACGUACUUGCGGCAAAAUUCUCACCAUAUCAUCCUAAUCUCAUCAUUGGUGGUUGCUACAGCGGUCAAGUUUUAUUGUGGGACACUCGCGCAAAGUCUCCUCCGGUUCAGAAAACUCCACUUACUGGCUCAGGUCAUACUCACCCAAUUUAUUCAAUUGAUGUAGUAGGAACGCAAAAUUCCAAUAAUAUUAUAUCUUGUUCUACUGAUGGCGUGGUCUGCGGCUGGACAGUUGAUAUGCUGGCGCAACCCCAAGAGCAUCUUACCCUUCUCACUCCGCCUCCGUCAAAAAAUGAGGAUUUGGCGCCCACUUGCAUGACAUUUCCCCUAACUGACCCAACUUAUUUUCUUGUGGGGUCCGAAGAUGGCACAAUUUUCCCUUGUCAUCGAUAUGAUCGUGCUGGUGCAAAGGCAGGUGUAGACCAUAGGGUGAGCUACCGUGGUCAUGUUGCUCCGGUUAUGUCUAUAGACUUCCACCCAGCGCGCGGUCCAAUCGACCUCGGGGACUUAGUAAUCUCUUCUUCGCUCGACUGGAGCGUAAAGCUCUGGAAAGUGCGUGCACCAACUGCAUCUACGACCACGUCCAUCACUGGACAAGUCCAACUGGUCACUCCGAUCCUGGACAUCUCGCGCGAAGAAAUCGUCUAUGACGCAUCCUGGUCGCCUGUGAAGCCUGGUGUCUUCGCUCUAGUUGAUGGUGCUGGUAACGUUGAAGUCUGGGAUCUGACUAUUGAUACAGAAAUUCCUAUGGCCAAGGUCUCACCCAGUAGCCGCAACGCCAUGACUAAGAGCCUAAACAAGGUGGCGUGGGAGAAAAGCGAGGGCAAAAGACUCGCCACAGGUGGCAUGGACGCGUGUCUCACUGUGUUUGAAGUAGGCCCCGAUUUGGGUGGGAAAGAGAGCGCGCGUCACGAAGAAUGGACGAGCGUUAAAAAGCUUGUUGCACGGCUUGAAAUUGCUGAUGCCACCACAAUCCCAAGCUUUGGAAGUAUGUAA